AUGAAGCUACUUCUUUGGGCCUGCGUCCUAUGUGUUGCUUUUGCAAAGAGGAGGCGUUACCCCUUCAUUCAUAAGAAAUCACCCUCAUCCAGUGAAGAGGAUUACUAUGGAAAUCGCUACCCACUUAAUCCAUCUCUGAAUAUCCCAUACGGCUUAUGGAAUGAUAAUUUGCCGCCUUUUCUUAUGCCUCCUCUUGACACUCACCAAGGAAAUGCCAUCACCAAAUUCCAGGGAAAUAAUCCUGAGCUUGAAAGAGGGCUAUCUCCAUACCCUUGGUUUCUCACUUCGUCUAAACUUCACUACAUAUACCAAAACCCUAACUACCCCUCUGAUGUUUCACUGAAUGCUCCUGCAGCAACUGCUCCUCCUCCUCCGCUCCCUCCUCCUCCGCUCCCUCCUCCUCCACCGCCUCCUCCCAGGCCAUAUCCCUUUGUCAUACCUCCAAAGAUUUCUGUUGUCUCACCUGUUGGAUCUGAGCCUGCAGCUGGCCCCGCUGCACCUCCUGUAGGCGAGGGUCUGGUGCCCGAGUUCUCUGUAGACAAAGCUAUUUCAGGCCUGCCUCCUGCAGUCAAACUUGCACCAUCCCCACCACCUGCUGACAACAAGAGUCCUGCACCUGAGCCUCCCCCAGCCCAGUUCAGUGCUCCUGAGCCUGCCCCACCCGGGAUAGGUGAGCCUGUUGCAGCCCACCCAAUGGGAGCUGAACCUGGUCUGCCCCAGGCUGUGGCUGCAGCCCAGUCUAUAUCAGGUGAAUCUGGCACAGGCCAAUCUGCUGAAAACAAACCUGGUUCAGGUGAGCCUGUUGUGGCCCAGUCUCUACAAACUGAGCCUGGGGCAGGCCCUGUUGCUGAAGUCAAGCCUCAGGCAUCUGAGUCUCCUGCGGCAGCCCAACCUCCCCCAGCUGAGCCUAUCAUUAGCCAGUCUAUCCUGGGAAAGUUUAUGACAGCUGAGCCUACUGAACCGAAAACGGAGGUACCUGAGCCUGUUGAGGCCAAAUCUACUGGCCAAGAACCGCAGUCUGUUCUUUUUCACCAGAUACUGAUGAACAAAUCAAAAAAUCUAAAUGUUCGAUCUUUUCUCAACAAAUAG